AUGCGGUUCCUUGCACCAGCAACUGGGGCAAUCCUGACCCUCCUGACAACAACAUCCGCCUCAUCAAUUCCCCAAUUCCAACCUCAGGUGCCACAGCCAAAACACACCCAUAAGCACGCGAACGAGUCGCGGUUGUGGGCUACACACUACAAUGGCAAUGUUUAUACACUCACGCUCUCCGGCUCUAAUCUUUCGAUUGCCGAUACGCAGAAGACUUGUGGUGCUAUGCCGAGUUGGUUAACGUUUGAUUCGGAGAGCAAAAUCCUCUACUGCUCGGAUGAGAAUGGAACUUCUGAUCCUAGCACGCAUGGAUCCUUGACUGCGUACCAUGUUGAUGGGCCUGGUGGAAAGUUGGCGCAGAUCGCGAAGACAAAGACCGUUGGAGGUGGGGUUAACAGUGUUAUUUUUGAGGCGGGGAAGAAGGACAAGUAUAUUGCUAUUGCGCAUUAUGAAGGCUCCGCCAUCUCAACCUUCGCUCUGCCCCUAAAAUCCAACUCGGAAGCCAAACAAACCCUCCCCUUCAAAAUGACGCACAAAGGCGCAGUGGCCCAACAAGACUCCCCUCACCCACACGAAGUCUUCCUGGACCCAACAGGUUCCUUCCUCGUAUCCCCCGAUCUAGGCGCAGACCUUGUCCGAAUUUACAGCAUCGACGCCACAACCGGGCACCUGGGUCUCUGUCCGCCCGUAAACGUGACUUUUGGCUCAGGACCGCGACACGGCGUAUUCUGGACAGACGCGACGACCAAGAACGCAGAUACCAAGACUGGGGCACCGACGCACAUGCGUCAGGUCGCAGCUGUCGGAAAGACGAUGAUGUACCUUGUCAAUGAGAUUGGGGGUACAAUGAUGAGUUAUGAUGUUUCGUAUGCGCGAUCUGGAUGUUUGGAUUUGCAGAAGACGCAGACGCUUGUCCCUUACCCUGGCGGGAAGAUGCCCAAGGGCGCGACGCCCGCGGAGAUCCGGAUGGUUGGGGAGAAAUUUUAUGUUUCCAUUCGCAGUGAUCAGGGUUUCAAGCCGGAUGAUUCAAUUGUCACGCUUGAUCGUCUUGGAAAUGGUACUGUGGUCAUGAAGGGGAAGACCGAUUCGUAUGGAAAGGUGCCUCGGACUGUGGUGAUUAAUAAGAAGGGUGAUCUGGUUGCCAUUGGGGAUCAGAGCACGUCAACAGUUGCUAUUGUUCAGCGGGACCACAAAACUGGACAUCUGGGGAAGAAGGUUGCUGUACUGCAGGUUGGUGAGCCUGGGAAGGUUGGAACUGCAGAGGGAUUGAGCAGCGUUAUUUGGGAGGAUUAG